AUGACCUCCUCUUCUUGCACUCCGCCAGAGACGCCCCAGUCUCUCAAAUCGCAAAUGGACCUGGAGGCCGCCGCCCCUGAUCAGACCAGGACCAACAGUCCGACGUCCGACCACCACCUCAACGGCCAUGACAGCGUCACGGAAAAGGAUGUUGAAACGCCUGCCGAUCCUUUCGUCGUCGACUGGGAGCCCGCCGACGACCAAAUCAACCCCACAAAGUGGCCAGCCUCCCGCAAAUGGACCCAGAUCGGCGUGCUCUCCUUCAUAACCUUCCUAACCCCGCUCGCCUCGUCCAUGUUCGCGCCCGGCGUGCCGCUCGUCAUGCGGGAGUUUGGGAGCGGCUCCACGGUGCUCGCCACCUUCGUCGUCUCCGUCUACGUUCUCGGCUUCGCCCUGGGGCCUCUGUUCCUGGCCCCGCUGAGCGAGGUCUACGGCCGCAACCCCGUCUACCACGUCUGCAACGUCUUCUUCACCAUCUUCACCGUCUGCUGCGCCGUCUCGCAGAACAUGGGCAUGCUCAUCGUCUUCCGCUUCUUGGCCGGGCUCGCUGGAGUGUCGGUGGUCACCUGCGGCAGCGGUUCCAUUGCGGACAUGCUCCCCGCCGAGCACAGGGGAGGCGCCAUGGCAAUCUGGUCCAUGGGGCCUCUGCUCGGCCCUAUAAUUGGACCCAUCGCCGGCGGCUACCUCACCGAGGCCGAGGGCUGGCGCUGGGUAUUCUGGAUCAUCACCAUCAUAUCCGGCGUCAUCACCGUAGUCGCCUGGUUCACCCUCAAAGAAACCUACCACCCCGUCCUCCUCGAGCGCAAGGCCGCCCGUCUCCGGGAGUCGACGGGCAACCCGGCCUACCGCUCCAAAUUCGCGUCCACCACCCCGGCCGCCAAGAGCGACGUCUUCCGCCACGCCCUCGCCCGCCCGCUCAAGCUCCUCCUCUUCUCCCCCAUCGUCACCCUCAUGUGCCUCUACAUCGCCAUCGCCUACGGCAUCCUCUACAUCCUCUUCACCACCUUCACCUUCGUCUUCGAGGAAGUCUACCACUUCUCCACCUCGUCCGCCGGCCUCACCUACAUCGGCUCCGGCCUCGGCUCCAUCCUCGGCCUCGCCAUCGUCGGCAGCCAAACGGACCGGCUGCUGCAGAAGAAGCUCGCGGCCGGCGCCUCCAUCCGCCCGGAGGACCGGCUGCCGCUGGCCAUCACCGUCCCCGCGGGCCUCGCGCUCCCCGCGGGGCUGUUCGUGUACGGCUGGACGGCGGAAAAGGGCGUGCACUGGAUCGCGCCGAUGCUGGGCACGGCCGUGUCGGGCGCGGGCAUGAUGGCCGUCAUGAUCUGCGUGCAGACGUACCUCGUCGACGCCUUCACGCUGCACGCCGCCAGCGUCAACGCCGCCAACGCCGUGCUGCGCAGCCUGCUCGGCGCCCUGCUGCCCCUGUGCGGCCUCGACAUGUACGACGCCCUGGGCCUGGGCUGGGGCAACACGCUGUUGGGCUUUUUGGCGCUGCUGCUGGCCCCGGCCAUGUGGGCGUUUUACUUUUAUGGCGAGCGGAUCAGGACGAGUAAGAGGUUUAGGCAUGAGUUUUGA